UAUCGAAAUAGUUUAUGUUAACUGCAAUGUUUAGUAGAAAUUAUAUGCAUUUAAAUUUUGUGUUAUAUGAUACUGGAAGAGGACAGAACAAGAUAAAACACAAACUAAAUUGCAAAUCUGCAAUGCUUCGAAGGACCCAUGGGAGGAAUGAUUUGGGAUCAUACACAAGAGCAACGCCUGGGCUUAGUACCUAUGCAACAGGUGCGGGCAUGGAAUACUGUUAGUGAAUUUUCCGAAAAUAUAAAUACAUAUGUACAUUCUCAAGCUGGACAUGGCAAUGGUAUGUGCGCAUAUUUAUCAGUAACUUACAUACCUGGUUAUGCGCUGACCAACUUGCUGCGGAUCAGCGCAGAUAGCUUUGGGAUGUAAAUGGAUAAAGUCUUACGACAAUGCAGGAAAUAUGCAGAGUUUGCAUGACAAACUCCGGACCAUUCACAAAUAUUUUUGAUGAAAGACCAACAUUGGAUACUUGUAGUGCUGACAUGAUAGCACAGUGCACCGGGUACGUGGUUAGGCGAGGCGAUUUACUAUCAGAAAACAUAUGUCCGACCUGCCUCGAGGAUGCAGUGAGUGCAUUCACCCUUAAGAAAACCUGUGAGCACAGUCAUAAACUCUAUUUCCCAGUGAUGGUGGAGGAUAUAGAAGAAUUUGCCGAUACUCUAGAAGAUGAGGAUUGGGAACCGUCAGAUAUUGAAAGUGAGCAGUCGAAACAUUUUGAAAACGAUGAAGAGAUGAAUCAAAAUGAUAGCAAUAACAUUGAUCAAUUUGUACGACCCUUCAAAUGCUCCGACUGCACAAAAUCCUUUCACCAAAAAGCCCAUCUUCAAUCACACACCCGUACGCACACAGGUGAUCGACCCUACCAAUGUUCCUACUGCUCGAUGUCGUUUGCACAGAAAUACAAUCUUGACAGACACACUCGUUCACACACUAAUGAUCGUUCAUACCAGUGCCCUCAUUGCUCAAAGUCCUUCAUACAAAAAUGCAAUCUUGAAAAACACACUCGUACUCACACAGGUGAUCGACCCUACCAGUGCUCCCACUGUUCGAAGUCAUUUCCACAAAAAUCCCAUCUCCAUGUACACAACUGUACGCACGCCAUGGAACUGCCGCAUAUGUGUCCUCACUGCUCUAAGUCAUUUUCCCGUUCCGAUAGUCUACGGAUUCAUAUCCUCCGGUUGCACACGGAUAAACGACCAUACAAAUGCUCUCACUGCUCGCAGUCAUUUCAACAAAAAUUUCAUCUCCGAGAACACAGCCGUAUUCACACUGGCGAACGGCCGCAUAGAUGCUCUUACUGCUCAAAGUCUUUUAAACAAAAAUCAAAGCUUUUACUCACACAGGGGAACGACCCUACCAAUGCACUCAGUGCUCGAAGUCAUUUCAGGAAAAGUCGAAUCUCCAGGUACACCUCCGUUCUCACACAGGGGAGCGUCCUUACAAGUGCAUCCACUGCUCAAAGACUUUUAGAUACAGAAACAGUAGCUACCAAAGACACAUACUAACUCACAAAAGCAACGACAACUGUGCCAUUCCGUCACUCUUCGAGAUCACAUCCGUAAGAACGUUGAGAAUGGAAGAUCCUAUUGCUCCUACUGCUCCAACCCUGGACCGUAAUUAUUCGUCAAAACGAUGACGACUAAUCCCAAUCGACUAUUUCCUUUGCCGUUUUGUGUUACUGUUUGUUGUUGCAGUGUAACAACACUGCACGGCUAAGCAUGACUUCUAUGACUUAAAUAAAUUAUGUAUGUAUGUAGAUCAGAGGUCGGCUUAAAAUGUUAAUUCCAAUAAAAUAUUAUAAAAAACAA